AUUUUAAUAAGCGAUGAGUAAUGACAUAUACAAAAUAAUGAAAAGUCUUUGGAUUGUGUUUAUGGCUUGAAAUUGUUAUAUAGAUGGUUAUUUUUGGAUGAAAUGUAUUGGAAUGGUAUGGAGUUAUGUUUUGGAAAGGAAAACGCGAUUAAAAAGAACAAAAUUGUCAAAUAUCUUGCAUAGCUAGGAAGAGAGAGGCAAGGUACGAAUAUUUAAUUACUCCACGUAAUUUUUAAACGACGGUUACACAGGCAAUAUUCGACGUCGCUGAAUUAUUUGUAACAAUUUUGGAUGUACGAGUUAUGUACAUGUUUCAGUGAGAGCUUUUGAUUUUAAUAACACGCGACGUUGGAUCCGACAAAUGAUUCAGUGACGUCGUGAAGAAUUGCGUGUGUAUAAGACUAAGUUAAACUACAAGGUUCCGCACGAAAUCUGUACAGUUCCAUCUUUGCACACAGUUCCAAAUCCCUGAUGACCUUGUGUACAGGUGGAUCCGUGCAAGUUUUUUAUACGGUUCAGAAUCUUAUGGUUAUUCAUCGGGUGCUCUGUAAACGUAGCUUAUAGGAGGUUGAAGAUUGGGGCAAACGAGAGGUUCAAUGCAUGCACACUGAACGGAUUUGGAGUGAUAUUUGUUCAGCUAUAUAGUCUUCCUAAAAUUUUACAGUAGAUUUCUGUCAUAUCAUAUUUCAUGUUACUAUUGUACACAUUUCUAAGCCUUCUAUAAAAUGUGGACAAACACAAAAAUUACAACAUUGAAUCAACACCUCAGUCCGCUUCAUGAUCGUUUACAAUUUAUACACCGACGGUGUCCGAAAAAGUUGAAUUCGUGAUGGACUUCACAGUGCGAUCAUAUUAUUUUUCAACUUUCAACUUGGCCAAUUUUAUCAACGUCAUACUUUGCAUAUUGUUCCCUCAGCUGGGUGCUGAAGCCGGUCGUUACUAUAGGGAUCACACUUUCCGCGAACACGAAGACAUUGAAGAAUGUAAAACAACCUUUGCACUAAUACAUUAUUGCUACAUUGUAUUUCCUAGAUGUGGUGGAUAGCAAGCGUCGCAAUUAUCUGUUCCAUUUUUGUGAUAUCGUUAAUGAUCGGCUACGCUGUACUGCAUUGGCGACGUCAUAAAGCAGAACUACUACAAUCAGAAACAGGCAUGAAAUAUGACCAGAAGUACAUCCUAACCUCUUCACCCUACCACAAACGAGAACCUACCAGUGGAAUCCCAUAUACCUCAAACGAACCUGUGAACAUUCAACCACAUUUUAAAACGCUUCAAUCGAUGGAUGUGUCCAUGUUUAUUGAUAGAAACCUCAAUAAUAACAACUCUGGGUUGCAAUCAACGCCUGAAUAUCAAAUACCACUCGCUAGUCACUAUGAAAGUGAAAGAGCCAUCACAACAAGGAAAUCGAGAAAAAUCAGAAAGCGAAGCAUCAAGGAGUCAUAUGGAGCCACAGCAAGUAAUGUCAUUGAAACGCCAACAAUAGUGAUAUCACAAGUACCCGAUAAUAAUGCAAAUUUUGCAAAAAUUGAAUCCAAUGCUAAACCUGAACUAACAUUUUCAAUAUUUUACGAUGUGCCUUCAAAGGACUUACAUAUAACUGUGAUCAAUGCGUCGAAUUUGCCACGACUGAAACAUUUUGAGGGUGGCACGCAAUAUUUCCGUGUUCGAGUGUGCGUAGGAGCGUGCAGCAAGCAAUACCACGAAACGCGUUACGUGUGCGGAACACGCGCGCCAGUGUUUAGUGAAACGUUUAUCGUUUCUGGUUUAGUGCAUCAUAAACUGCGUGAGUGUACCGUUGGUUUUGCCGUGAUUGAAUUUGAGGAGUUACAACAUUGUUGGACAGUGGUUGGCGAAGUGAGUCAACCUUUGAUUGAUUUGAGAGCUAACACUCUAUUGAAAGCUACAAAAACAUUGCACAAAAUAUAAUAUAAAUUGUUGGUGAAGUGAGUCAACCUUUGAUUGAUUUGAGAGCUAACACUCUAUUGAAAGCUACAAAAACAUUGCACAACAUAUAAUAUAUUUCUGUCUGUAGCGACAGUUUGGGGAAUGGGCUAUAAUGAAACUGA